AUGGCCCCCGCGGUACUUCUCCACGUUCCUGACAUCACUGCCCAGUUUGCCGCGCUGAGAACGCCCGCUUUGUUCGCUGGCCCUGUCACCAUGACUUCAAGGCGCAACUCACACACGCAAUCAGACCCUCGCAUGCCUUCUUCAACAUGGAUUCUCCACCCACAGCCAUUGACGUUGACCGAGCGCGAGAACGAGAACGAACCGAACUCCCCGGAAGCAUAUGCCGGGCAAAAGCUUGACGAUCCAUUACCCAUCGGUGGUGGCUGUGGUGCUCUGAUCGGCGCAAAAAUAGAAGCUGCCAAGCAAUACCGCAAGGAUCAAUGCCAUUGA